CAAGCAGGCCGAGUUUCUCGUACCGCUAAGUUACGACGACCACAUCCACAAGUACAACGCUCGCCUUCAGGCGUGCAUACAUCUUACGGAGCGGCUGUUCCCUUACGGGAUCCGCAAGAUCGCCAGGGCCGCAAUGGGAAAGACGACGAUGGAGCAGAUCGCGUACGACCACAACCUCGACAAGCUGGUGAGCAGCGUCAAGGGUGUGGUGUCUCAGACCGUGGCUCGUGCCCCGUGGCUGACACAGGCCGAAGCAGACGUGGCGACGCAGAAGAUCGAAAGCCUCGAAGUGGACUUCAUUGGCGCAAAGGAACACAUGGACGUUCUCAUUGGGUAUUACCAGAGCAAGGUCCAGGCCACCUUUGCCAGGGCGGUGCGCGACUACACGGCGCUGCUGAACGAGACCAUGUCGCGCUAUUGGCUCUCCAAGGACAACGCCGACUACGACGCGCGCUACCACGUGUCCAGCCUGAGGCCCGGAUACGAGUACAACGCGGGCAAGAACGUGCUGCACGUGCCGUUCGGCGUGGUUGCGCUGCAGCAGCGCGUGGCCCAGUCCGCGAUCCCGGCCAUUUUGAUUCCCUACAUCGUCCCCUACCUCGUGGAAGGCAUGUACGAGGCAAUCGACGUGCGCGGCUCGACCAUCAACGUGCGCGGCAUGCCCGAGACGUGGUGGAGCAGCGAGACUCUGGUGCGCUACCGGCAGCAGCAGAAGUGUUUCACCCAGAACUACCUGGACAGCAUUCAGCGGUUCGGUACCUUCCAGGAGUCACCGAUGGCACCGUUCCUGCGCAGCUUCAUGGCCGAGAUCGCGGCGCUCCAACCCUCGUUCGAGGCGUACAUUCGCGCCCUGGUGGCGCCUCACUCGAUGCAGCGCAACUUCCGCAUCCCGGGCCUGCCCGACCUGACGCCCGAGAUGCUCUUCUUCGUCAACUUCGCCGCCGUCCACUGCGACCCGGUCAGCAGCCAGGGACUGACGGCGCUCGACAAGCGGAGGCUGCGGUACCGCAUCGCGCUGCCUUCCGCUCUGCGGGUGAACAUCGCCCUGCGCCACUUCGACACGUUCGCCGAAACGUUCUCCUGCAACAGGGGAACCUACAUGAAUCCCGGCGCCAAGUGUAGGUUGUGGUAACAAAGCGGACGCUUACAUCAUUCUCACAUCGUCCUUAGAAACGGUCUGACAAAGACAUGCCGAUGUGUCCGAGAAAGUGCGUACUUCUACACCCGGAACACUUUUGAUGCAACGCGGAACCUAACACGGACACAAGAAGGCAGAAACGAAAUAACAACACACAUAUCUGUGCCUUCUUGUGUCCGUGUUACGUUUCGCGCUGCAUCAGAAGUGUUCCUUGAUGAUUCACCAACAAGUCCCCACCGCUACCCUCGUUGACUUCUGCACCCACCCUCACUUCGCCACGUUGAGCCAGAUGAAAGUGGACUGUGUCAUCACCACUGUGACCGAGUGAGACAUCGUCACCUUCUGUGCGUGGUCUCGGCACGAAGACACCCGUGUCUGAGCCAAAGUCCAUGACGGUGCUUUCGCUCACUUGCGUGUGUUCAGUGACGCUUUGCUCGCCAAAGUUGCCUGGACACGUUUCUUCACAAAAGUACAUACUCCUUCUUCACAAAUUGUGGCAACAGUUACUAUCAUGUCAUCGCGAAAUGAAACCUCAUUUUCAACACCAUAAGAAACAAAUGUUCGAAGUCAGCGCCGAGUUUCGUACGUCCUUGAAUGUCGCUGAUGGUUGCUGCCGUGCUGUGAGAGCUUGCGAAGCCUACAUCGUACAGGGGAGUCUUAAAAUUUGUUGAGUAAACGUGCCAGUAAGAACGACUUGCUACACGCUUUGUGGGCUUGAGAACGAGUAAGCUGGUGUAGGACUCGCAUUUCCGUGAGCAGGCAUAAGGUCUCGCAGUCAACGCACGGGAUCUUUAUAGGGGAGGAAGUUUCUUGGUUACUGAACUGUUGUAUCGUUGGUGCUAACGGCCAUGGUGAAGUUUUCCUUAUUAAAUGGCACCAUUGCAGCCUUUUAAAGAACACAAAAAACUUGACCCUCUUCAUGGUGGCAGCGGUAUGUUCAGCGCACAAGCAUUCAGAAUUGUAAAUGUCACUGUUCUGAAGCAAAGACGGUCCCCUCUCGUCACCCCAAGAGAAUAGCUUAUAUAUGAUCUCACUGCUCUCUAUAAAAAUGGCCAUGAUCUCUUAAAGGUAUCACAUGUUGUCCGUAGUGUCUUUAAAAAUAGCCAGCACCAAAAGUUGCAUCUU